CAAGAAGAGAACAAAAAGAAAAAUAAUGGAUGUGAGGAAAAUAGUGGUGAUGGUGGAAGAUGAAGAAGUUGCAAGAACAGCUCUAAAAUGGGCACUUCACAAUAUCAUUCGCUACGGCGACAUAAUCACAUUGCUUCAUGUCUACCAUUCUUCAUCUUCAUCAUCUUCAAGAACAAGAACCAGAUCAAAAUCUCGCCUUCUUCGCCUCAAUGGUUACCAAUUAGCCCUCUCCUUUCAACACAUCUGCAAUAGCCACCCCAAUACAAAGGUUGAGAUUAUUGUCACGGAAGGGGAUCAAGAAGGGACUAAGAUUGCUGCUACGGUUCGAGAGCUUGGAGCUUCUGUUCUUGUGGUUGGACUCCAUGAUCAUAGCUUUCUUUACAGAUUGGCUAUGGCCCAUUCCCCAAAUAGCAUGGCCAGACAUUUCAACUGCAGAGUACUAGCAAUCAAGCAGCCCCCUACACCACCAUUGAGACCCAGUGUAUCAGUUCUAGACAGUGCAACCAACAUGGACUUUUCUCAGAUCGAUAUUUCUAGAUUAAAAGUACCUCAAAUGCCUCCACCAAAAACACCAUACAGGAUAUGCCCCGACCCAUAUGCAAUUAUUUGGAGGCUAAGGAGGGCGAGGAGAAGCUGAAGGAUAAAAAAGUUUUAAGCUUUUGAUUAAAAAUUUAGAAUCGCAUUUUCCUUUUACAUUUUUAUUUAAUUUCCACUUACACCAGCAGCCCCACCCAACACACACAAAUGAAGCAAUUGACGCAGUAUAGUUUUGUUGUUUAUGGCUUAGAGUUUUCUGAUUGUACAAAGGUUGUUGUGGGAACAUUACCUUACUGGAGUAGUGGCAUUGCACUUUAUCUUCGGAAUCUUGCCACUACUAGAUAAUGCCGAGGAUGCUAUGACAUUGCCCAUUGACACAAGCCAUUGAUUUUUCUAAUUUGUUCAUUCUUUCUCUACUGAAUCCAAUGAUAAGAUAUUUUUAUAUU